AUGGCUGGGGUUUACUAUGAGAUGCUACUGUCUCUUACCCUCUCCUUCCUUGCGCUUCCAGCCGUCGAUGCCUUGUAUCCCUGCAUGCCUCUUGGGCCAACUCCACAUGGGAAGUCACUUGCUCCAAGCCGCAAGAUGUGGACUGGAACUGAAGUUGCUCGACCGUCCUUGUUGAGAAUCUCAGGAACCCGUAUGACAAUCAAAAAGAUUGAGGUUCUUGUAUUUAUGGAUGUUGAUCAGGGCAAAGAAGCAAUGACGGCAUCGACGCUCGUUUGCGAGUCAGGCAGGCAGGGACUCGAGGAGGCUCUGAGCUCAGGAGACAAGACCAAGAUCGCAGACGCUCGUCUGCGAGGAGACAAGACCAAGAUCGCAGACGCUCGUCUGCGAGGAGACAAGACCAAGAUCGCAGACGCUCGUCUGCGAACCACCAUGUAUGCGCUCCCUCUGCAUCGAGCGGAUGGUGGAGAAGGAGCUUUCUUAUCAGCUUUGCAUCAGCUCGCUCAGAAAGUUAAAAUGGACACAAUUUUGUCGUCCUUGCAGCAAUCGCUUGAAGACCGACUUGACUCUGAAUGGAUGUCACCAUCAGGGGGUUUGAAGCCGAGCGAGAGGUUUAGUGCAAUGAAUCCAAUCGACCGAAUAGUACUGGAAGCCAACCAAGCCCGGGAUGCUACAUUCCUUUGCAUGAUCGAAGCCUGUUCUGGGAGCGGGAAAUCGCUUUGUGCUGUAGACUAUUUUGUUCGAAAUCCGGAUGAAAGCAUCUAUUUUCUCUUCAUCCCUACGGCGCAUGGAUACAGGCAAAGGAAAUACGAGGAGCAUGUGGAAAGCAUCUCAAAUCUGAUAAGCAGAGCCAUAGACUGCGAUGUUUGCGGGUUGGCAAAGUAUGCGAUUGCCGAAUCGGAGAUUGGUGCAAGUAUUGAGGCGUUCGAUGUCGAUGUAAACACAGAUGGUAGGAAAUGGCAUGUGUUGGGAGCUCUCGGCUACCUGUGGAAGGAGACGAAUACCAUUGCUCCAGUGUCUGUGCAGGAGGCUAAAAAAUGGAGACGGCGGUGGGUUCUCAUAGAUGAGACCAUCCCACCUCAGAAGGACGAAGGCAGGCUGUUCUCACCAAUUGCAAGAUUAGUGCUUGUGAGGAAGAUUUUGAUGAACUCCAAUAUUCGCUGCAUGAUGUUGGGGACGGAUGCUCUGGCCAUGGCUCUGGUCAUGAACUUCAGAAAGGGCUCAAACAGCUCGCCGUACAGUCGCGGUGCAGAUCAAAGAUUGUACUGCUUUACACAUCGGUCUCUUCCUCCAUACGUUCUGAGGUCGAGAGAAGAAGAAGAAAUAUUGAAAAGACUUUUCGGGGAAUCACAGGUUUUUGAGGUGCUCGACCACGUCAAUCCAUGGCUCUGCUCACUUUUCUUGGACCAAGCGCAGAGAAUGAAAGAUGUGGAACCAUCCACAUGCAUGCGACAAGUCUCGCGAAUUCUUCUGGACGAUGUCAGAAUGAUGAAACCGAACUUGAGAGACGAGUCGAUCUACUGCAUGUUUCAGAUUGCUGCGCAUCAGCAUUUCUCUCCCUUGCACAUCUCCAAGGGUUUUGCACAUUUAAAUGCAUGGUAUGGAAAUCCACCAACCCGAGGCAGUAUGGAGUCUAUUGUUGGAAUUUUCAUAGACGAGCUGGGAAGGAAUAUGUAUAUCAAUCACACGCCUAUACCGCACCUGACCUCAAGGUUCUCGUCUGCCCUUCAAGAUCCCAUCACGAUGGCUAUUUGUGCGGGAGGAGGACGACCUUUCCGCCAACGAUCAGCGCUUGAGGUCCUGCAGCAGAUACACGAAGAGGCAGCGAUUGGGAGUGAUCCUUUGAGCGGGGAUGCAUACAAGCGAGAUGGCAACGUGCUGGAGUCGUUCGGGGCAUUAGUCAUGAUUAUCAGCAGCUGGUCUCCUCCCCAGGACCUUCUGAAGAACAUCGCGUUUCAUUGCGGGUACAAGCAUGAGCAGAGAUGUGUAGACGACAUUCUUGCGUCGAUUGCAAGCAAAGAUAGUUUCAUAGAGAUUCUGAUUUCCUGCAUGUCCAACCUUGUUCCUGUGCUGGUUAGAGUGGAAGAUCAUGGUCUCGCUGCGGUCUUGGGUUUCUACACUCGAGACCAGGACAAAUCAGGCAGGGACGGCACCUUCGUGGGACCUGCUCCUGCAAGGAAGAUGCGAUUGAGAGGAGGAGCGGAGAUGAAGAAUUUGAAUUCUCCGCAUAUCUCGAAACAGUCUUCAAAUACGAUCUCCAGUCUGUUGUCUCAUGAUCUGGAUGUUAAUCUUUGCAUGGUACCCGAGAUUUCAGAAGGGGCUCUUGAAGAUUGCAUCAAGGAGCUUAGCUACGAGACAGAGUGGCUGAUAUUGCAUCUCAACAGGACAGGUGGCUGGACCGCCUUUUCGAAACAGAUGGAUGCAUCAGAUGACAAGAAGAGACAAGACAAGGAGGGAAUUGAGCUUCAAGACAAGUUUGCUCUGGUCAAGAGAAGAGUGCUGAUGGUCGUGGAGGUUGGAGCUCACACUCAACCUUUUUCCGAAUAA